GGGAUGUGUCCGUCGAGAGGUAAAUAAGGCUUGUGUGUCUGCUGUGUGUCCAUUUGUCGAGACAGUUGUCUUGUCUUCUGUGUCUUGUGUCCUUUACAAAACACCUCGAUUAAUUCAACAUGAUCAUACGCACGAUCGUCUAACUCAAAUCACCUAAUUAACAGAUGGCUGGCUGGUAUUGAUUCAUGUUCACAGGUAGCCGAGGUACCUCGCGACGAAGCGCACCAAUGAGUAUAGAAUGAACAGCAGAGGCAGUAGCUGCAUCAGCCUGGGCAUCAGCUGGCUCGACACACGCUCAGCAAACGACAGCUUGAACGCCACCCAGGGGAAGUUCUGCACUCAUAUGCACAACCGAAACGCGCAGCCAACCAUCACACCGACCCACACGCUCUGCUCAUUGGUGGUACACACCGACCUUUCCUUCAGGGUCCGCGACGACGGCCUGUCUGCCGUUCUCCUGCAGCAUGACUCCCUCGUUGUCGACAAUGUACAGGGCGGGAAUGCCAGACGGCGUGAACCGAUUGUUCAGCUGGUCGCGGCGGGCAGAAUCUGAGGCGAUAAGUAGCAACAUACACACCUACAUCAAUGCCGCCGACGCCACGUGUGUCCGUCCGGUCCUGGUCAUGUGCCUGCCGUGCCCACCCAUGAACCUGACGCUUGUCCAUGGCAUCCCUGGUCGACACGGACGGCACAACACAGCGUAACACAACACACACGGGGCAGGAGAUGGAAGUGCGGAGACACCUAUCGUCCGUUCAUUGCAUCAUUACCGGCAAAGUAUGUCUUGAAGUCGGCCUCGCUUCUGUCGAGUGACACGAAGAUGACCUCAAAGCUGCGCACCAACACGGGCACACGGCAUCCCAUCUGUGUCAUCCACACACGUGGGGUAGUGUCUGGCGUCUGGGGCCUGACCGUUUGUCCGAGUCCUUGAGUUUCUUGUAGGUCCCUGACACACACAGACACAAAGAAGCGGCAAUGCAGUGAGUGCCGGCCGAGUGAGCCAUGGUCGGUCACACCCACCAAUUAACAUGGGUGUGAAUCCCCUGCACGGCGGGCACCAAUGCGCAGAGAAAUACACCUGACACGAACAACGGAUCACCAUGCACUCAAAUCAUCAUCUGCAGCUGCAGCGCACCCCUAUUGCGUCGCAUUUCGCCAGCUCUUCUACCUGAACAAAAUGAUCACACACCAAACCAAGGCACGUGCAAUUGCAUUGCAGUUCAUUGUGUUUUCAUCUCUCACCGGGAUCUCUUCGCCAGCGGCAUUGAUGACGCUGGAGCCAAAGAUGGACUCCAACGCCUCAGCGGAAGGCGAUGCCAUGGCGGGAAGAUGCAGGCCGCUUGCGGCUGAAGAAUCUUGCGCCUCCUCGAUGCACUGGGC